ACGGCUAACAGAAGCAUAGUAGUACUCUCCCUGAAAACCCCAAUAACGUUCGUUCCUUCCCUUCGCGUGCAAACUACGCGCCUAAUUAUCUAAAAAUCAACCAAUAAAAAAUUAGGAAAAAAAAUACCCACAUCGUGUCAAGUUGAACUUGCCCAGUUCCAAAUCCAAACUGUGCCAAACCCAAACCCUAACUGCAACGGAAUUACCCCCUUUUCACGUCCAAAAUCAACAACAACGUGAAUGUGAAUCCCAUAGAAAAACCCCAAUUUCCCUCACAAUUCUCCUUCUGAUUUCUCCAAAUGCCCCAAUCCGCGGUUGAAGAUUGAUCCCUCAAUCUAGCUUUCGACUCCGGCCAUGUCGCUCGACGGCGGCUCCGGCGACUCGUCGGCGGUAGGAAACGGCGCCGCUUCGGUCGACGCGAUGCGAUCUUCUGUGGCGAGCGGGCCGAACCAGAGGCUGAGGCUGAACCCGAGCAAAGAGCACAAGCCCGAGAGCUACGAGGACCUGCAAUUGGAUUUCAGUCCGUCGAUCUUCAGCUCUCUGGAGAGGUAUUUGCCUCCAACGAUGCUGAGCGUGCCGAGAGAUAAUAAGGUCAAGUUCAUGAGGGACAUUUUGCUCAAGUACUUGCCCCAUGGGGAACGUAACAGAGCUCAGAAACAAAGGGAAUACAGGCAGAAGAUUAUAUCAAAUUAUCAGCCUCUACAUAGAGAGUUAUACACAGUGCACCCUGCAAGUACCUUUGUUCCCUCAUUUCUGAAGGCAAUUAGUGAUAAUACCGAGGAAAGCUUUAGAAGUAUUAUGACUGAACCCUCUCCUGGCGUGUUUACAUUUGAGAUGCUUCAGCCUUCCUUCUGUGAAUUGUUGGUAUCCGAGGUGGAGAAUUUUGAAAAAUGGGUAAAUGAGGCAAAGUUCCGGAUCAUGCGGCCAAAUACAAUGAAUCGAUAUGGCGCGGUUCUUGAUGAUUUUGGCCUUGAAACCAUGCUCGACAAGCUUAUGGAGAGUUUCAUUCGUCCCAUAUCAAAAGUGUUCUUUCCUGAAGUUGGGGGAGCGACUCUUGACUCUCACCAUGGUUUUGUUGUUGAAUAUGGUAAAGAUAGGGAUGUUGACUUGGGUUUUCACGUCGAUGACUCAGAAGUGACUUUAAAUGUGUGCUUGGGUAAGCAAUUUACUGGAGGAGAAUUGUUUUUUCGAGGCACACGAUGUGAUAAACAUGUAAAUACUGGCAGUCAAUCUGAGGAAAUCUUUGAUUACACCCAUGAACCAGGGCAAGCUGUGCUUCAUCGUGGACGUCAUCGUCAUGGUGCUAGAGCCACAACAUCUGGUCAUCGAAUCAACUUACUUCUAUGGUGUAGAAGUUCGGUCUUCAGAGAGAUGAAGAAGUAUCAGAAAGACUUCUCUGGCUGGUGUGGGGAAUGCUUGCGUGAGAAGAAAGAGAGGCAACGGACCUCACUUGUUGCUACUAAAUUGGAGUUGCUCAGGAGAGAGAGCGAAUCGUGAGGGACUUGUAUCAUUUAUGUAGCUGUAUUCUUGAUCGAGACUCAACGGAGAACUAACGAUGAGACUUGAACAGAAGUUUGCUUUAUGUGCUUCAUUCUGACGUACGGUUUGUGUGUACAUAAUCAAAGUAAUUGGAGAAUUCCCUUGUAAAAUUAUGCAUAAGAUAUUUGUUGAAAAAAAAAAGAAACAAGAAAAAAAGAAAAGGAACAAAACAUUUUAGUCCAUGGAGUUGUCGAGGCUGUAUUUAGCAAGGUGGAACUUAGGGCGUUUCAGACCCCAAUAAAUCGUCAUUCUUUUUUGCACUUUCAUCA